AUGGUCUUGCUCGAUCAAAUCCAAGCCACUGGGCCUGUCAAGAUCCUGGGGACAGCAGCUCCAUGUGCCACAGCCUUGUUCGCCCUUGAAUGCUUCACAGCCAAGAAGCAUAUCACACCACUCUCCGUCAACUUCCACUUCACACGCAGAUGCAACAAGACUUGCGUCUUCUGCUUCCACACCGAAAAGACCAGCUACCUUGCCAGCGACGAAGACAUGAAGAAGGGUCUGACCUUGCUCAAGGAGGCUGGCAUGAAGAAGAUCAACUUUGCUGGUGGUGAACCGUUCCUCUAUCCUUCGAAGCUCGCCAUGCUUUGUCGUCUCUGUAAGGAGGAUCUCAAGCUGGAGUCGGUCUCGAUCAUCUCGAAUGGCACUAAGAUCACCGAGAAGUGGCUGAAGGAGAACGCACAGUACAUUGAUGUGCUCGGUGUAAGCUGCGAUAGCAUGGACGAGGAGACCAACAUCAAGAUCGGGCGUGGCACUGGCGAGAAUGUGCAAAUGCUCUUCCGCAUUCGCCAGUGGUGUCGAAAUCUCGGAAUCAAGUUCAAACUGAACACCGUCGUUCUGUCCCACAACUGGGAGGAAGACAUGGCAGAGACCAUCCGCGCGCUUGAUCCUUUUCGAUGGAAGGUCUUCCAGGUUUUGCCGGUCGAGGGCGAGAAUGAUGCGAAGGAGGAAGAGACCUUGCUUGACAAGCGCAAGCGGAACGCAAACAGUGUUCUCAUCACCGACGAGCAGUUUGCAGCAUUCUGCGAUCGACACAAACACUUGUCGUGCUUCGUGCCGGAGUCGAACGAUUUGAUGGCAUCGAGCUACCUCAUCGUUGAUGAGUUCCUCAGGUUUCUCGACAAGGGCAAUGGUGUUGAGAAGGCUUCUGCGUCGAUCUUGGAUGUUGGAGUGCAGAAGGCGUUGGCCCAGGUCGAGUGGAAUCAGGAGGCGUAUCACAAGCGGGGAGCAGUGUAUGAGUGGAGCAAGGACAUAGAGGAUGCCGGUGAAGAAGGGUGUGGCGCAGAGUUGCCUGAGGAAUAUCAGUGGUGA